GUCACGAGUUUUCUUUCUGAUCAGGCUGUUAGCGUAGCGUUAGCUAGCUAGCCUGACUCUAGCUCUUUGAUUUUAUGUUGUCCAGCCGGUGUUUGAACUCUGAAGCGCAGGACGAAAUCUUUUUCUAAAUAAAAUGUCGUCAUGGGUGUUAGCUGCAUGUUCGGACUUUCCACCAUGCCUUGUACUGAACAGAAAGUCUGCCUAUUGAUUAUAAACGCGAUCACUUUCCUGCAAUGCUCUUUCUUCCAACACUUGACGUUAUGGCAUGCCAAUAUCAUAAUUAUAUGUGUAAGAAGAGGCUUGGUGGCUUUCCCUUCCUCUUACCUGCUACUUCACAACAGACCCAAUGUCUACAGGAUACGUGGGUUCCUCACAUGCUCUCCACAGGUGCUUCAGUCACCCCUCCUGCAGGUAAGGUAUUUGUCAGGGGAGAGAGGCGGUGGCAGAAAAGGUUUCCUGAGGGAGUUUCUAGACAACCUGAAGCAGGAGCUAAACAAGAACAAGGACAUGAAAGAAAACAUCAAGAAGUUCCGGGAAGAGGCCAAAAAACUUGAGGAGUCAGACGCAUUGAAACAAGCCCGAAGGAAAUAUAAAACUAUAGAGUCUGAAACAGUGAAGACCUCUGAGGUUCUCAAGAAGAAGUUGGGAAACAUCUCUGAGACAGUUAAAGAGGGGCUAGAGGAGGUCAGUCGUACAGAAAUUGGGAAGAAAAUUAAGGAGGGAAUGGAGGAAGCAGCCAAAACAGCUAAGACCUCAGCAGAGACCGUCUCUAAGGGUGGAGAAAAGUUGGGGAAGACUGGUGCAUUCAGAGCAAUAUCACAGGGCAUGGAGAGUGUGAAGAAAGAGAUUGGUGACCUAGGUCACACUGGCCCUUAUCGGCCUCCUACCAGACUCAGGAAGAGGAGUGAGUUCUCCUCCAAGGGGGCAGGGGAGGAGAGCAAGGUCUUCGAGGCCAACGAGGAAGCUAUGGGUGUGGUGCUCCACAAAGAUUCAAAAUGGCAUCAGCAGUGGAAGGACUUCAAAGACAACAAUGUGGUCUUCAACAGGUUCUUUGAGAUGAAGAUGAAGUAUGAUGAGAGUGACAACGCCCUCAUCAGAGCAUCUCGUGCUGUCACCGACAAGAUGACUGACAUCAUAGGUGGGAUGUUUUCUAAGACGGAGAUGUCUGAAGUACUGACAGAGAUUUUGAAGGCAGACCCAUCUUUUGACAAAGAUUCUUUCCUCAAGCAGUGUGAACGAGAUAUCAUCCCCAAUAUACUGGAGGCAAUGGUCAGAGGGGAGCUGGAGGUACUGAAGGACUGGUGUUAUGAAGCGACAUACAGCCAGCUGGCACACCCAAUUCAGCAAGCCAAAGCCAUGGGACUUCAGUUCUGCUCACAGAUCCUGGACAUCGACAAUAUUGAUUUGGCCAUGGGGAAGAUGAUGGACCAGGGUCCAGUGCUGAUUAUCACCUUCCAGGCUCAGUUGGUCAUGGUGAUCCGAAACACCAAAGGAGAGGUGGUGGAGGGAGACCCUGAAAAAGUGCUCAGGAUGAUGUACGUGUGGGCUCUGUGUCGAGACCAGGAUGAGCUCAACCCAUAUGCUGCCUGGAGACUACUUGACAUUUCCGCCUCAAGCACCGAACAGAUCCUCUAAGACUCUUUGAUACGCACAAAACUCUCACCCCGGGAGAGAACAUACUGUACCUGAACAUGCCCUGGAGCUGGCUUGGAACAAAAGUGGGGGAGAGGAAGGCACGUGGAGAUGAGGGACAGCCAAGUUGGACAUGGUCUCACUUCACAACAGAAACAUUGUGGAGUAGUGUUGCUACAUGCUAAGUGCUUCACUUUCUCUUUUUUACUACACUGGCUUUGGGUUCAGUCAGUCACUACAAUCCCUGGUUUUUCUUUGAAUGUCCCUGAGAGUUAUUUCUAACCAUUCCUCUGGCUCACACUAGGGGGCGGUAGACUACCAACAACUCUUAUCCACAGUACUUUCUGUAAUGCCUGUAUGACUGUCCAUUUAUUGAAACUGUAUGGUGCAGGGCAACCGUUGUUGGCAAUUAAGGGAUAAAUUAAGUUAUUUAACUUAGGUUUAACUUUUAUUAUGAAUAUGAGGAAAGAAAAUAAGGGGGGGGGGAUUUGAACUUUAGGUUCAGGUCUGUAUCUCAAAAAUCUCAGAUGUCUCUGCCACCUUCCUCUGUCUCAUCAGUCCCUCAUACUCUCUCUCUCUUCCUCUCCAAGGCAUUGUUAUCUUGGUGGUUGGUGGUGUUGUGGCCAAUCAGUGCUCUCUUGUUUGUAUGAUAAUCAUCCAAUGUAAUAGUUAAACUGUGAGAGAGUCUAUAUUUAUUAUGAAAAAUAAAGAUGACCCCUGUUUUUCACACUAGCAGACAUUUUUGAAAAAAAGAUUCUAUCAAAUAUUUUUACCCUCUACCCUGCAAAUGGUUAAGCUUUUCUUCUGAUCUGGAGGAUGUGAUGUGAUUCCUUCUAGGGCAGUUGCUAAUUAUUAUUUUUUUAAUUAAAUCCUCAAGUGGGAUUUCAGUCUUUGCUAUAUUUCCUUUGGGAAAAAUGCUACUUCUGAGAGAAUUUUUACAGUUGUAUUUCCAGAGCAGAGCUAGGGAACUCAUUUGCUUUGAGUGAAAUUUAGCUGCCUAUGUAAACCAGAUUGUAGUGAACAUGAUCAUUUUGACAGCUUUCUUAGUCUGGGGGAUACACAGGAACACAAAGAUAAUCUCUUACCCAGACCAAAUUAGAUUAAAACCUCGCUGUACCUUCAGCUUUUAGUCCUAACAUUAACUCUACGUGCCAUCAUGCAGUUCUGUUCAUUGUUUUCAUAUGACAUCCUUUGAUCUUCAGUGUUGUGGAGGGUUAUAAGUCACUGCUAUAUGUGUUCAAAGUGCCAUGUCGUUGCCCUACACACCAGAGCCAUAUGGCCUACAAUCAAUAACACAAACCUCUUUUCUUGGACAUAUAGAACGAUGGAGGUUACAAAUGCUAAAUGGCACCCAUUUCACCAAAUCUCACCAAUCAUCUCUCAGAUUUGGCAGAUCUGUCAUCACAUGAUGGGGAUAGGGGUCGCCUCUGCACACUGUCUGCAUGUUUUUGAAAAUCCUCUGCACACUGUGUGUGAAUAGCUCCAUUGACAAGUCAUUUGGAUUCAUAACAAGGACAAUUACACCUCAUUACAAGUCUAUCUUAUGUGCAGAUUUAAUGGUGGUAAUUUUGUGUUGGUAACCCGAGCAACUCUGAUUUGUUGGAGACGAUAUUUUAUGUAAGGUCAGAUAGAUUGCAAACAAAGCUGCAUCACAUUGAGCCUUUUUCUCUUGUCAAGUCAACAGGAUAUAUGUCUGCAUUUUCCUGCUCUGCAUUUUGCCCAUUUCCACUCUGUAAGAUGUCACCACCUCAAUUAAAAUGCCUGAAUUGCAA